AUGGACAAGGUUGGAGCAAUGUCCGGAUUUAUGGUCACCAGAACGACUCUGGCCUUUGCUAUAGGCGCCUGCGCGCUCACAUUGUAUCUGCUCUACAGAGCACUGCUGCCGCGGCCAAUUCCCGGUAUCCCCUACAACAAGGCAGCGGCUCAGUCCCUCCUCGGUGAUAUGCCGGAGAUGGUAGGCCAUGCCAAGAAGACGGGCCAAAUGUACGACUGGCUUGGGGCGCAAAACAUCAAGCACAACUCGCCCAUCAUCCAAGUGUUUGGCCGGCCGUUCAGCAAGCCCUGGGUUAUCAUCUCGGACUUUCAAGAGACGCAAGACAUUCUGAUGCGCCGCAUCAAGGAGUUUGAUAGAUCGGCUUUCACGGCUGACCUCUUGGGCGGCGUAAUACCGGAACAUCACAGCAGAUGGCAGACCAACGAAGAGUUCAAGAGUCGUCGGCGGCUAGUUGGGGACAUUCUGACCCCCAGCUUCCUCAACAAGGUUGCCGCACCUCUCCUCCACGAAAGCACGAUGCGCAUGACAGCUUUGUGGCGGGAAAAGGCUCGGCUAGCUAGAGGGCACCCCUUCACGGCCUUGAAGGAUAUCAGCUACUGCGCGCUGGACGCCGUACUUGGUUUCACUUUCGGCCCCGGCCUGGAGGGACUCGGCGCGACGCAGCCCAACGUCGAGUACCUGUCAUCGAUGUCCUCCCUGCCUUCCAUUGGCGGCAGCGAAAAUGGGGAUAUUAUGAAGCCGGUGGUGUUUCCUCACGCGCCAACCACCCCAGUCAUUGAAGCUCUCCUGAAGCUCUCAGACAGCCUCGAGACGACGAUGAAGUCAUUAUUCCCAGUGAUCUCACACUGGCUCUUACGGCAGGGCCAAGCCUUGAGCACGGCGAUUAGGCUCAAAGAAGAUCUUUUGAGACGCCAAAUUGACCUAUCCGCGGCCCGGGUCCAAUCCGCAUCGAAGGAGGAUGCGGUUCGCUGCGCCAUAGACGAGAUGGUACGAAGGGAAACCGGCCAAGCGGAAAAGGAGCAUCGCGCGCCAGCCUUUCACACACGCAUGUUUUACGACGAGCUAUACGGCUUCACCCUGGGCGGGCACGAGUCUACGUCCAACGCAAACCAGUGGGCCAUCAAAACGUUGGCGCGCCACCAAGCGCAACAAAACAAGCUGCGCGACAGUCUGCGUUCUGCACUUCCCGCGGCGGUGGCCGAAAAGCGCGUGCCAACAGCUCAGGAGAUCAUGCAGGUACGAUGUCCGUACCUCGAAGCGAGCAUCGAAGAGCUGUUCCGCGUGUCGUUGACGGCGCCCAUGUGCGUACGUAGCGCCACGCAGGAUACGCAGAUCCUGGGCUGCCGCAUCCCCAAGGGCACCGUCGUCUUUCAGGUGUGGAACCAGGCGGGCUAUACGCAGCCCGGCUUUCCUAUAUCCGAUGCGCUACGUACCCCGGGUGCUCGGGCGGCGGCGGCGGCGAAGGAGGCCACAGGUAUGGGCAACGGCGGAUGUAAAGGUGAUGAAUCGGAGUUUAGUACGGCGGUAUACGAGCCUGAAAGAUGGCUGGUCAAGUCUGAAGACGGCACAAAAGACGUGUUCGACGCAUCCCGUGGACGCAACAUGACUUUCAGCAUGGGCCCUAGAGGGUGUUACGGGCGGAAGUUGGCGUACGUACAGUUUCGCAUGAUGGUGGUUCUGGUGUUAUGGAGCUUCCAACUUGAAGAGCUGCCCCUUGAGCUGAAUACCAUGGGGGCGUACGACAAACUGACUAGAGAGCCGCAUCAAUGCUAUGUUCGACUGACGGCUCUGGCGCUGUAG